AUGAAUUGCACUCACCAUUUUCAAUAUCGAGUAUCAUCAAUAUGUGUAGCUCCUCACUUAUGUUAAUAUUAAAGAAAAUUAUGUGUUGAGUGCCAAUAUGAACAUGCGGUUGAUAAAAAAUAGGAAAUUCCGAUUUUUAGAUUUCAAGAAAUGGCUAUCAAGAAAUUAAAAGAAUAUGAACUUGAUCAAACCUUUGAAUUAAUCGAAUAUAAAAAGAAUUAUCAGAUAUUGCUUGAUCAAAUGAAAAAAAAUUUAGAAGAGAUAUUAGAAUCAAUCUUUUCAAUAUACGAUAUGAUUGAGCAGUAAAAUUAACAAUAUAAGAACCUUAUCAAUGAAAACACCAAUCUUUUAGAAUCCUCAUAGACUGACUUAGAAAAAUUAAUAGAGAUUUUCUAAGGUAAAAUAAUAAAUGAUUGGAUUGGUGAUAGAAAUUAUUAUUUUGGUAAUUUGGAUCAAGCCAUGAUUGUUUUCAAUCAAGAAAUUACUAAAGGGAUUGAAAAGUUGAAUUAAAGAAUCAAAGAGAUUUAUCCAUUCUUUAAGUAAGAAUUUAAAUAAUCCUCUGAAAUUCAUCCAACUGAACAAAGUGAAUACGUUUAUGAAUGGAAAUAAGAUCUGUAUGAGAUUUUUUCUAGCAUAAAACAUAUUGAUUCCUCUCUAUUAGCAAGGAUUAUAGAAAUACUUAGAGAGGAGUAGAUUUCUGAUUAUCAAAUACUUCUUUAGAAACAAUAUCUUGAAAAGCUUUAAGAAUCAUAAAUUUACAAUAAUUAGUUAAAAGAAGAAAAAAAUACCAUUAAAUUUAUUAUUGCUGUUGUAAAAAAUGUACUUGAACUUGACUUUAAUGAAAAAAAUUUUUCAACCGAUGAAUACAAAGAAAUAAGAGCAGACAUAAUACAAAAAAUAUAGAAACAAGAGAAGAUUAUCCUGUUUUUGAAAUUUUUAGUGCAUCUCACAGCUAUUGAUAAUAAAACAAUCUAAUGUGGAUCAAACUCACUGAAUUUAUUGGUUUUGAUGAAGGUUGAUCUGAGUGAAUAAUGCUUUCAAAAGAUUAAGAUUAAAAAUACUUCUUUAAUUGGUGCUAAUUUUUUCAAAUGUAAUUUGAGUGAAUCUGAAUUUGAUAAUGUUGAUAUUAGUGGAAUGAAUUUAAAUGGGGCAUAAUUAGUAAAUUGCAAAUGGAAAAAUAUAAAGAUAUUUGAACAAAAUAAAUUUGAGGAUCCUAUUUAUUCUAUAAGUUUUUCUCCUAAUAGUCUAACAAUAGCAUCUGGUGGUGAUGAUAAUUAUAUUUGUUUAUGGGAUAUUAAAACAGGGCAAUAAAAAUCAAAAUUAAUUGGUCAUACUAGUUGGGUUAGAUCAGUAUGUUUUUCUCCUGAUGGUAAUAUAUUAGCAUCGGGUGGUGAUGAUCAAUCUAUCCUCUUAUGGGAAGUUAGGACAGAAUAAUAAUAAUUUAAAUUAAUAGGUCAUACUAGCUGUGUCUAUUCAGUUUGCUUCUCUCCAAAUGGUGCAAUCUUAGCUUCUGGAAGUCACGAUAAGACUAUCCGUUUAUGGGACGUUAAGACAGGUUAAUUAAAAAAAAAAUUUAAUGGUCUUACUAGUGUCAUUUAUUCAGUAUGCUUCUCCCCUGAUGGUGCUACAUUAGCAUUUGGUAGUGAUGAAUUUAUCCGCUUAUAUGAUCUUAAGGCAGGAUAAUAAAAAUCUAUAUUAUAUGGUCAUGAGCAUGCUGUAAAAUCAGUUUGCUUCUCUCCUGAUGGUUCUACAUUAACAUCUGGUAGCAAUGAUAAUACUAUACGUUUAUGGGAUAUAAAGACUGGACAGUAAAAAUUUAUAUUAAACGGUCAUACUAAGGCUGUCUAUUCAGUAUGCUUCUCUCCUGAUGGUACUACACUAGCAUCUGGUAGUGAUGAUAAUUCUAUCCGUUUAUGGGAUGUUAGGGCAGGAAAAUAAAAAUCAAAAUUAGAUGGUCAUAAAAAAGAAGUUUUAUAGGUAUGCUUCUAUGAUGAUUCUACUAUUGCAUCUUGUAGUGGAGAUAGCUCUAUUUGUUUAUGGGAUGUUAUGACAGAUUAAUAAGCUUCUAGAUUUAAUAGUCAUUCUCUUAGUAUUUCGCAAGUAUGUUUUUCUCAAGAUGGUGCUACUUCAGCAUUUAGUAGUUUUGAUUAAUCUUUCUGUUCAUUCGAUAGGAAGUCAGGAUAAUAAUUUAAACCCUUAGAUACGAGUUAUUAAGAUAUUCUUUCGCAAUUUAGUACACAAUUAUACACAAAGUGUAGUACUUAUUUUAGCUUAUUUAGUUUACUUUAAUUUUCCUAAACUUGUUCUGUCGAAUAUGCCAUUUAUUUCAGCAUAAGGAGCUUUAAUCUUUGAUGGAGAAUUAUUUACAUCUUUCGGCACGGAUUUAAGAAAGCUGUUUUAAGAAAGAGGAAGUUGUGUUUUGAAAAGUUUGGAAAAGAUAAUUUAAAAGUGA